AUGUCAUCCCUCCUCUUGCGACGCACCCGCCAGCGACUAAAACCACUCCUUGCCGCCUCGGUUAUUCUAGCUACCAUCACGGUUUUUCUUCUCUCGAGAACCCAGCCCCCCCAGCCGCACGUUGAAACCGUCACUCGUCCUUCGUCUUCAGGAACCGGCGUGGUCGUGAAUAACGAUAGGAACUCCAGCAACUGCUAUGUGGACCUUGAACUCCUAAGAUCCCACGGAUACAAUUCUUCCGCGGAAUACAGACGAUGGGAGAUUGCGGUACGGCGCUCACCGAGUCAGAGUGGCGUUUCGGAUACCCUCAAUGUUCCCGUUCCCAAAUUUGAAAUCCUUGACCUCGACACCGACGAUGAUCGGAUAUAUCUCUCGGACGCUCAAUGUGUUCCAACCGCCACCAUCGAAGCCCCCGUGCCAAAAGCGCGAGCGGACGCCUCGCAUAUGAUGUUCGGUGUUUCGACCUCCCUCGAGCGGCUGAGUGACUCGCUGGGCCCAUUCGCCCACUGGGCAGGCGGGACCGGGGCCCGGAUCUUCGCAAUGGUCGACGUUGUACCCAAGAAGGACAAGUUGACGGUUCUGAACCGAGCCCAGGAACUGGACAUUAAGCUUACUAUCAUCGAGUCGAAGGAAGAAUGGCUGGACCGAUACUUCCGCUUGACCAAGGUGCUCUGGGAGAAUCGCGACGCGCACACGCAGUGGGCCGUCAUCAUCGAUGACGAUACGUUUUUCCCGUCGAUGUCGAACCUAGUCGAGAGACUCGCGACCUAUGAUGCGUCCAAACCGUAUUACAUCGGUGCCCCGACCGAGAACUGGGGACAGAUGAAUAUCUUCUCCUUUAUGGCGUACGGCGGUGCGGGGGUGUUCCUCUCUCUUCCCUUGCUUCAGCAGAUGAACGAGGUCUACGACGUAUGUUACUCGUUCAAGGAUCACGGUGAUAAACGGAUCUCGCAGUGUAUCUAUCAACACACCACGACCAAGCUUACCUGGGAGCGAGGGCUCUUCCAGGUGGACUUCGGCGGUGACGUGACGGGCUUCUUUGAAUCUGGCCGACCGUUGCCGCUUUCGAUACACCACUGGAAGUCCUGGUACGACGUGGACGUGGUUGCUCUCGGUAGGGCAGCGGCAAUUUGCGGCGACGACUGUCCGCUUCGACGCUGGCGCAUAUCGGAUCGAUGGUAUUUCAUCAAUGGGUUUUCCCUGGUCCAGUAUUCGUCCCCGAUGAACGAUAUGAUCGGCAUGGAGCAGACGUGGGAUCCCAGUGACUGGGCGCGUGAGCAAGGCUACGCCUUCAGUUUAGGACCGUUACGCCCGAAGGAUGAAAAGAAGGUGUCCUUCCGGAUGAAGAGCGCCGUCUUCGAAGGACAGAGACUCCGGCAGCUUUAUGUUCAUGAGCCAGACUCCGGUAGCCCACGGAUCCUGGAGGUUAUUUGGAGUGUGACGGACGAGUAG